GUCCGGUGCGCCAAGCGUCAACCGAUUGGUCGACACCGGUGGAGAUGUGCGUGUUCGGCUCGGUCAUCGUCGUCAUUGGCGCGUUCCUGCUUCACACCUUGGGCGAGAAUAAAUACGACCUGUAUGCUGCCAUGGAGCCCCAGCCCGGGUACGGGCCAAAGGAGCACGAUGUGUACGCCCGCUACGUCGCCUUCCUGACCGAGCGAAAUGCCGGUCCGAGCGUCAGACAGCAGCUGGCUACGAAGCAGUCGCAUCCGGCACCGGAGAGUGCGAAGGCCGAUCACGCUGGCCUUCCGUCUUCUAAGCUACCUGUGCCUGCACCGGACACAGUCGAUGGAUGCACGUCAGCCGACGCACUCGGUGCACUGGAAAGAGCGGACACGGCAGCCGACGCCUCCGCGCUGCACACGACCACAGUGCCCAGUGUCCGCAGCACUGAGGAGGACACCCAUCGGGUCGGGAGCGCGGCGACGGACGCUGCGACGACCCACGCAGAAACGAACACAGCGGCGACGUUUAGCGAGGCGAAGCAGUCCAGCUCAGAUUCGAAGAAGAUGAGCAAAGUGUCCCAAUGA